AUGGCAACUACAAUGCAGCUACGAGGCAACCCUUUGCCCCUCUCAAUGGCUCCCGUCUCCAGAACCUCACAAGUCUCAAGAACCGUCAGAAUGCGCAAGGUCCAAACUUUCGAAGAUGACAAUUCCGAGAACAUCGAUCCCAUCAUCUUCUCCCCCAAACGCUCCAAGAACCCCGACGGUAGCAGCAGCAAAGACACCCUCCAAAAACCCACCAACUUCUUCCUAACCAAAGACCCCCCUCCCCCCAACGAUUUCUCCUGUCUAAAACCCACCACCUCUCCCCGUCGUCCAAUCCUCGCCGCUCGCUCUCCAGCUCCACGAGUAAACACCUCCAUCUCCAAAUCCACCCCACUAUCCGCACCCGCCGGGCGUUCCCCAACGCGAAAGCGCAUCGGUAUCUUGAACAGACGCCGCACAACAGCACCCUUUACAAGGGUCGAGCCUCCUAAAUUCGCAACCACUCCUGCUGGUUCAGGAGGACUAGGAUUUAGCAUCGAUGCCGCGCUCAGCGGCACCAUUCCCUCCUACAAGUCCCGGCAAGCGAAAGCUGUGCCGGACACGCUGCAUGAGCCUGAAGUCAAGGAUAGCUGGUUCUUUGACAUCCAUGAGGAUACGGCUGAGGAGCUGGCGACGAAUCUGAUGGAGCAUUCUACGUGCACGCUUGACAUUAGUUCGGAUGAGGAGUCAGCUGCUCGCUUGAAAGAUGAGCGGGGGAAGGAGAAUGUGCCGCCAUUGGACGAUAUCUCACAGACGCGGUCGCAGCUCACUUCCGUAGAUGCGGUGGAAGACUCGAUGAAUGAUAUCAAGGCAAGGAUCCGGGCACGUCGUGCGGUGGCCGAGGGGGCUAUUAACAUUGAUCGUUCGCCGCUGGGAGAUCUCGCUGCUGAGGAAUUUUACGCUGAGGGUUGUGAUGGGGAGUCGGUGUUCAUCAUUGCUUCUGACGAGGCUGCGGAAGAGGAAGGACGCGAGGGAUGCGAGACUGAAGCUCCUGGGACGUUUGAUUUCACUCCUGAAGUUGAUGGCAAGGGGAAGGGCAAAGAGGUGCAGGUUGAUGUCGAGGCGUUGAUGCGAAAAGAUGACUUUGAAGUUGCGCCUAAGGCCAUGUUACUUGAACCAAUCGAGAAAGCCGAUGAGGGGUUCGAGGUCUGGGAGAGCGGUAGUGCGAAAGAUGAAACUGAAUUGUGA